CGCUCCCCGCCGCCCUCUGCACCCUGCUCCUCCGCAGCCACCCGGAGAUGGCCCCCGCCGCAGCCCGCCAGCGGGGCUCCCUCUGCAGAGCCGCCUCCCGGCAUGUCCUCUUCGGCCUCCUGGUUUUGAAUUCAUUUUGUGAAGCUUGCAAGGAAGUCACUUUUAAUGUUCCUUCUAAAUUAGAGGCUGGGACAUUAGUUGGCAAAGUAAAUCUGAAAGAGUGCCUUAAGUCUGCAGAACAUAUUAGUUCAAGUGAUCCGAACUUUAGAAUACUAGAAGAUGGUUCUGUGUUUACAACAAAUACAACUUCUUUGUCUUCUGAGGAAAAGACUUUUACCAUCUUACUCAAGGAUGUUCAAGGGCAUGAAGAAAAGACUAUAGAUGUCAAUUUGCUAGGUCAUCAAGAAAAGACACAUAAGACAAGACAUGCUAGAGAUACAGUCCUCAGGAGAACCAAAAGAAGGUGGGCUCCUAUCCCAUCCUCUAUGAUGGAGAAUGCUCUUGGACCUUUUCCAAUGCAAAUUCAACAGGUCCAAUCUGACACAGCUCAACACUACACCAUUUAUUACUCUGCAACUGGUCCUGGAAUUGAUAAAGAGCCAGUGGGUUUGUUUUACGUGGAAAAAGAAACUGGGAAUAUUUUUGCUACUGGCCCAGUAGACCGUGAAGAGUAUCCAAUGUUUAAAAUAAUUUGCUUUGCAACCACUGCAGAUGGCUACUCACCAGAGAGACCACUGGUACAUACAAUCAGAAUUGAGGAUGAUAAUGAUAAUGCACCACAGUUUACACAAGACUGUUUUCAGUUUGUUGUUGAGGAACAUUGCAAAUCUGGGACAAUAGUUGGACAAGUCACGGCAGAAGACCGAGAUGAACCUCAUACUCUGCAUACUUCCCUGAGGUAUCGAAUUGUAUCACAACAACCAUCGUCACCCAAAAUAUUUUCUAUUAAUUCUGAAUCAGGUAUCAUAAGCACACUAUCAACACAACUGGAUAGAGAGGGAAUAGCCAAACAUACGUUGCUAAUUGAAGUACGAGAUAUGGGAGGUCAGCCUUUUGGUUUGUGCAAUACAGCAACAGCUGUCAUUACCGUUGGAGAUAUAAAUGACAAUGCUCCAAUUUUUAGCGUUACAUCUUAUGAAGUAAGAGUGCAGGAAAACCGAGUGAAUGUGGAAAUACUGAGAAUUCCUUGUUUGGACAAGGAUGAGCCCAAAUCACCUGCCUGGCAGUGCAAAUUCGCUAUUGUAAAAGGAAAUGAAGAUAAACAUUUUGCUAUUACAACAGAUAAAAGAACAAAUGAAGGGAUAUUAUGUGUUGUUAAGGGAUUGGAUUAUGAAAUCAGCCAGCUAAAGAUACUUGAGAUUACCGUAGCUAAUGAGAUACCUUAUAUUAUGGUACCAUAUUCAAGUUCACUUGCUAAGGGCAUCUGUACUGUUAGAGUUAUUGUACAAGAUGUUGAUGAGGGGCCAGUAUUCAAACCUUGUUUGUUACGUAUCACGAUUGACGGAUGCGCUAAAGGUGAAACAGUGGUCGGCAAAUACCUAGCUGAGGACCCAGAAACCGGAAAUAGCGACGGCAUAAGCUAUCGGAUUCCACCUGAGCAAUGCAAAUGGCUCUCCAUUAAUGAAAAUUCAGGCGAGCUCAGAACUGUUACACUUUUGGACAGAGAUCAGCAAGACAUGACGAACAAGCAGUGUAACAUUUCAGUCAUUGCAAUAGAUCGAAGUGGUAAAACUGGUACUGGAACAAUAUGGGCUACCAUGGGUCCUUGCAACAGGUCUCCCAUUGUGGAUCCAAUUAACUAUGUAAUGUGUAGAGACAAAAAACCAAUUUUUGUUACUGCAUAUGAUCCAGACGUGUCUCCCUAUUCUUAUCCUUUCACAUUUGAUAUUUCUGACAAGAGAAUGCGUACAGAAUGGCGAACAGUACAAAAUAACGAUUCAUCUAUAUUUCUUUCACUAAUGAGGGAUAUGCCAUUUGGAAUAUAUAAAAUUCCUAUGGCCGUAAAAGAUAAUGCAGGAAAAGAAGGAAUAAGUAUGGUUACAGUUAACUAUUGUGACUGUACUACUCCAAGUGAUUGUUAUAAGAGCCGACAAGAUGCACCAGCUGUUACUCUUGGUGUAUGGGCCAUUCUUGCAAUGAUUCUGGGGGCACUAUUACUGCUAUUAAUCCUGAUUACACUUUGUGGCUGUUAUGGCAGGACAAUAGUGCAUAAACAUGUGACUGAUGAUUUAGCUAAUCAGAACUUAAUUAUAUCAAACACAGAAGCACCAGGAGAAGAAGUGAUGGAUCCAAAUAUAAUUCCUUUACAAGCUGCACCUGUACAUUCUUGUGAACAUGGGGUUAGCAUGGGCGGACAUGAAGUAAGCACAGGGGGAAAUGCUUUUGAAAUGUCCAAAGGACAUCAGACCCUCAAUGAACGUGGACAGGCCAUGAUGGAACAAGGCAGAUACUCAUACUCAGAAUGGCACAAUUUCACACAUUCUCGUCUAGGCGAAGAACCCAUUAGAGGACACACUCUGAUUAAAAAUUAAACAAUAAAAGAAGGUGUAUAUGUGCAGACAGGAUGAAGAAAAUAAGCAUUCUGAAGACUAUGUCCUUCCAUAUAAUUAUGAAGGAAGAGGAUCAUUGGCUGGUUCUGUAGGCUGCUGCACUGAUCAGCAAGAAGAGGAGGCGCUUGACUUUUUAGAUCAUCUGGAACCCAAGUUUAGGACAUUAGCAGAAACAUGUAUAAAGAGAUAAGUGUUUGUCAGAGUACUAAUAUCUGUAAAUAAAGGGCGGUGUCAUACUUUGCAGAGGAUAGGUAUUUUUAAACUUGAAGUAGCUGAUUCUAUUUUUUUUUUCUUGCUAAGGAAAGUGGUUUAUCAAAACAUUUAGGGUGGUUUUAAGUGUGUAAAUCCUGCAUUAAUUCCGUGGUAUGUAGAUUUUUUACCUGUACUCAUUUCCUAUGCUUUGAAGUUUAUAUUUUAGGUGCUUUUCUUAAAGUGAUGUGAAUACAAUAAUAUUGCAUUCUUUCUGGUGUUCUACUUUUCUAUUGUGUUUUGCUUUUAAUAUAAAACUUAGUAGUGUAGUCCUUAAGCGUUCAUCUUCACAUUUUCCUCUUAUUUGGCUUGAGGUAGACAGUUUUAUUUCAUUUUUUUCUUCAGUGAAAAAAUACUGUAUAACUAAAACAAGGUAUUUUAUGUCUUACCUGUAUACAUUUAAAUAGGAGAUUUUAAUUUACAAGUACAGUUUCAAACUAGAAUACUCGAUGAUGAUGUGGGAAGAAACAUUAUGUUGAACUGAAAAGAAAAAACAGUAUGUAUUGUAUAGAUGUAACAAUAUUCAAAAGUGUAUUUCCUCCUAUUGGACUAGUACCCACUAAAUGUACUAUCCCAAGGGAUGUAGAUUAGUAUUGUAUGUAAGCACUUAAGUAAUAUGCUUGGAGAUCAGGAGUUCAGGAUAUAGGAUAACUACUGUAAUGCAAAUGCAGUAGAAUAGACUCCUAUAUCCUGAGCACAUGACCUCCAAGACUUACUUUUAGUGUUCUAGAUAUAAUUUGUACCUCAGCUGUUUGUGAACUUCAGUAUAAGUACAUCAGAGAUGGUGAAUACUGCCUACCAUUUUAUACAAUAUGGCUACUAAUGCCUACUGUAAAAUCUAGCCUUAGGUGUAUACCACUGGAGAGAGAAAGAACCCUAAGGCAAAGGAGACAAGUCACAUUAUAAAAUUAAUCAUAUUAUGAAAUCAGUCAUUUAUUUCUGUGAGCAGAAGUGUCACAAAAUACAGCAUGAAGUAUGGACACAGACAGCACUGAUAAUUUUAUCAUUUAAAAAAACAACUCAAGUAUGAUAUCCACUGUUAUCCUAUUAUUUAUUAAUAUAUAAUUUGUUACAUACUCACAGGUACGACUACAGGCAGAUCCCUAAGGAAAAGUAAACAUGUAUUGCUCAAGCAUAAUUAAAGUUUACAUAUUAAAAUACUUUAGUAUUGUAUCAUGUAUAUAAGAUUGGGACCUCAUGGUUGUGUUAUAAACUAGCUGUUCCUGAAUUCAGUAAGUUUUCAUCUGGUUAACCUUUGCUACCCUGGAUAUAAUACUCAUCUUUGCUGUGCUCCCAGGAUUCAUUUGUGCACUAAAAUUUCCCUUUCAUUGUUUAAAAAAAAAAAAAAAAAAAAAAAA